AGGAAAUAUGGUCGGUAGGAAUCUGGCAAGGAGAUAUGGACGCAAGUGCAGCUGUGAGAGGUCAGGAGGAGUGAUGUCUGGCAGAUUCAACCGAGAUCCUCCCAGCUCCGCCAGCUCUGACAGUGGAGGAGAGGACACUGUAGCCCCACAGAUGGACGAGGAAGAGUCCAUCACAGACCAUGGAGAGGUAGAGGUUACCAGUACACCCAAUAGUCCUCGCCCACCGUCAGCUGGACCCCCACAAACUCCCACUCAAGGUGCCUUACGGUCCCCACGAACUCGUCGACAGCGCUCAACAUCUCAAUCUCAGCCAUCAAGGAGCCGAGAGCCCAUCUUGCGGGGCCGCAGGCGCACCAUCUACACAGCUGGCCGUCCUCCCUGGUAUGAUUGCCAAGGACAGCUGGUGGAGCCAUUUGUUAUUGGUGUGUGUGGUGGGAGUGCCUCAGGGAAGACUACUGUAGCAAGGAAAAUUAUUGAAGAAUUGGACGUGCCCUGGGUUACUCUUCUGUCCCUUGAUUCAUUCUAUAAGGUUUUGACUGAGAAGCAUCAUGAGGAAGCAGCAAGAAAUGAGUACAACUUUGAUCACCCCGAUGCAUUUGACUUUGAACUCGUGGCCAAGACUUUGGUGCGUCUUAAGGAGGGCAAGAAGGUGGAAGUCCCAAUCUACAAUUUUGUGACACAUUGCCGAGAAACAAAGACGAAAACUAUGUAUGGAGCUAAUGUCAUCAUCUUUGAAGGAAUUUUAGCAUUUUACUCUCCUGAUGUAUUGAAGCUGCUGGACAUGAAGGUGUUUGUCGACACUGACUCUGAUGAGAGGUUAGUGCGGAGGCUGCAGCGAGACAUUGCUGAGAGGGGCAGAGAACUGGAUGGUGUCCUUAAGCAGUACUUCAAGUUUGUGAAGCCAGCCUUUGAUUACUACAUUGCUCCCUCCAUGGUACAUGCUGACAUUAUUGUUCCAAGAGGAGGAGAGAAUGAGGUGGCAAUCAACCUAAUUGCACAAAAUGUCAUGACUCAGCUUCAGCAAAGGGGCUUCAAGCUGCGUGAAAAACUAGCUAAUACAAACUUUGGCAUGGCAAGACCCAGUUCCCUCCACUUACUGCCUUCUACGCCUCAAAUUCGUGGGCUUCACACAUUCAUAAGGAACAAGGAUACACCACGCGAUGAGUUCAUAUUCUACUCCAAGAGAUUAAUACGUCUUGUUAUUGAGCAUGCUCUUGCUCUACUGCCAUUCAGGGAUAUAACUGUUGAAACCCCUCAAGGCAUUCCAUAUGAGGGCAAACACAUUGCAACAGAAAAGAUCUGUGGUGUGUCAAUCCUGCGGGCAGGAGAGACCAUGGAGAAUGCCCUGUGUGAAGUCCUAAAGGAUGUCCGUAUUGGCAAGAUCCUUAUUCAGACAAAUCUUGACACUGGAGAACCUGAGUUAUACUAUUUGAGGCUGCCUAAAGACAUCAAGGACUACCACAUCUUCCUCAUGGAUGCCACAGUUGCCACAGGAGCAGCUGCCAUCAUGGCCAUACGAGUAUUGCUGGACCACGAGGUGAUAGAGGAACACAUUUCUUUGUGUUCCCUUCUCAUGACUGAACAAGGUGUGCACAACAUUGCCUAUGCCUUCCCCAAGGUGAGAAUAGUGACCACUGCUGUUGAUCCCUGCGUUAACGAGAAGUUUUAUAUUGUUCCUGGCAUUGGCAACUUUGGUGAUAGAUACUUUGGGACUGAACCCUCUGAUCAGUAAAGUGUUGCAAACUAUGACAGGUAUUUUAUCCAUCCAAUACCAUAGCAUUGUGACUUUAUGCAGUUUGCUGUACACACCCAAAUUGUUACUGUUAGCAUGAUUUUUUUUUAUCAUCAUUAGUAUCAUUAUUAUCAUUAUUAUUGUUAUUAUGAUUAUUACCAGGGGUUUGAAUACUAUAGUGCUACAGUCAGAUCACAUGGUAAGCUAUUUCUGACAUUGUAUCAUUUUCUUUUUAUUCUUUAGCAAAAUCUAUUUUUAAUUUUAUGCAUAUUUUUGAAGGUUGAAUUUCUUCUCUGGUUCAGAAAUUCAGAUUUAUACAUCUUAUUAUUUUCAGAUUUCUUUGAGCAAGUGUAAAUAUUUCUUUUCAUUAUGCAAUAGCCCCUGAUAGUCCUGAUUUGCUUCUAAUUUUAAGGAGAUGUUUGAGAAGAAACAGGAUUUCUCCCUUCUUUUUAUCCUUGACUAUUAAGACCUGGUCUUACUCAUGUUUUUUUUCAAAUCAAUUCAUGUACAGUCUUGUAAGAAGUAUAUAUAUAUAUAUAUAUAUAUAUAUAUAUAUAUAUAUAUAUAUAUAUAUAUAUAUAUAUAUAUAUAUAUAUAUAUAUAUAUAUAUAUAUAUAUAUAAAAUUACACAUUCUCAGCUUUUUCAUCAAAUAGUACCUCAAUUUGUGGAUACUGAUGCCUUAGACCAAUAUUUACUGCUCCAAUUUGUUUAUUUUGGCCAAAUCCAUUAGAAAUUGUCUAAUUAUAUUAAACUUGUAAUUUUGUAUUGUAAUAUAUUAUUGCUAAAAGUAAGUUUUUAGAAAAUGUGCCAGGUAAGCUAUAUUUGCCCCAUUUUUAUCAGCAUGUCUCACAAACAGAAGCAAAUCCAUCAUUAACCAUAGAAAAAAUAGACACUUCUUUUGAAAUUAUGAUCAGAAAUCAAGUAAGCUGCUGUACUCAUUUCUACUAUGUUUCAUGUGCUACUAUAAUCACAAGUUCUCUUGUCCACUGACAGUCAUAUUAGAACUUCAAAAGAUAUCAAUAUCCAGUAAGCCUACGUGGCAAUUCCUGUGUAAAACAUACCUGUAUUCAUUUGUCAUCUAUUUUCAUAUGUUCUUCUGAUAAUUGCUUUUUAAAAGCUUUCUGUUGAUUUGAUAUUAGCAACCUAACUACUGAAUCUAUUCCAGUCAUUUUCUACUAUUAGAGAAUGAACUCAGAGUCCACUUUUAUUACUCAGUCUUGGCCUUUGAUCUGCUGACAAUGUUCUCACUAAACUUGAUAAUUAUUGACUUCCAGGAGAUAAGAGGACUUGAGAUACGGGAAAACAAAAAAACUCUGUGGAAGUCAGUGUAAAAGUUCCUUACCAUGAGUGUACGAAAUUCUUGUUAUCUUUGCAUGGAGAGUUCACCACUUCUAAUCUGAGUGCAUCAUAAUGGAAUCAUUAAAAGAAUCCAAAGUGAAAAACCUCAAACUCUACAUUUCUUGAACAACUCUCCCAUAGGGGAUUGUAUUAUCUUGUUUAAAUUUCCAUGAAGGUAAACUGUCCUUUUCCAUUUAGUUACAUCCAACAGUCCCCACUUCUCUGCUGUUCUUAUCCUUGACAGUUGUCUCAAGCUUCAUGGCCUUGUGAGCUUUCUGUCCACACAUCUUUGAUUAAACUUCAUACAUCCGUUCUGAAGUUUUGUUAUGGUAUUAGUUUGAUUAGUGGGAAACACACCGUGACUUAAGGUUUGUGCUGUAUAGUGAUGGCCUGGCUUGGCAGAUGUUGAUACCAAGGGAGAAGCAGCUUUUGAGUUUCUUAUAUCUGUUAUUUUAGGUAUUUGUGUAUGAUUUCUGUUGAUUAAAAUGUGCCAAAAUACUAGUCAA